GUGAAACAAUUGUGAUUAGUUUCUUGGUCCUUGUGUAAAGCACAAUGGAAAACCUGACUGUCACGUUUCAGCACACAAAACCCUCCACCGGAAGCAAUACCCUCACCCUAUAUAAAUAUGCAGGCCGGCCCCUCUACUCUACGAGAAACGACGAUGGGAAGUGGGGAAGAUAGGUCGGAGAUAGUGUUUUUCGACGUGGAGACAACUAUACCAACGCGAACUGGACAGAAAUAUGCACUCUUGGAAUUUGGGGCAAUUCUUGUUUGCCCAAGAAAACUUGUUGAACAACAUAGUUACUCUACCCUUGUACGACCCUCUGACCUCUCUCUAAUUUCUACCCUUUCUGUUCGCUGCAAUGGAAUUACCAGAGAUGCUGUUACUUCUGCCCCUUCAUUUGCUGAUAUCGCCGAUAAAGUCUUUGAUGUUCUCGAUGGGAGGAUAUGGGCGGGCCACAAUAUACUGAAAUUUGAUUGUCCAAGGAUUCGGGAGGCAUUUGCUGGAAUUAACAGGCCUGCACCAGAACCUAAGGGGACAAUUGAUACACUUACUUUGUUGACUGAAAAAUUUGGAAGGAGAGCUGGUAACAUGAAGAUGGCCUCUCUUGCUACAUAUUUUGGCCUUGGAGAGCAAACACAUAGAAGUUUGGAUGAUGUCCGAAUGAAUUUCGAAGUACUAAAGCACUGUGCAACUGUCUUGUUUUUGGAAUCCAGCCUGCCUGACGUAUUAACCAAUAACAGUUGGGUGUCUCCUAAUGCUGCCAUAAGAAGUCGUGCUAAUGGAAAUACUAAUUCGGAGGGGAUGGGCUUGAGUAUAGAUACACCUUCAUCAAGUGUCAAGACAGGACGUCCUAUGAAAUCUGUUGCAGAAGCUUACAUAGAAUCAGACAAUCCAAUACUUCCGCUUGUGAGCAGAAAUAUGGAGGAGGUACCAGAUCUUAUUGAAACAAAUUCCUCGAGGCCUGACCCUUUUAACUUGGUCCAAUUCAGUGCAGAAGUAAGGGAAUCCAUUCAAUUAGAUGCAAUGGAAGAAGAACCUGCUUCAUGUUCUCAAGAUUCUUCUGCAUCAAUUGCAACAGAUGGUUACAUUGGCUUCACAGACUUCUUAGAACCAAAUAAAAUUUCAAUUUCUUCUGUCUCCUCAAGUCUUUCCCCCAUACAUCGUGGAAUGCCGAAGAUACAAAUCUUGCACAACAAUACUGAGUUGCAAGUUUGCUCUAAAUUCCUGAAGGUGCGGUUCGGAAUUAGCACAAAGUUUGUCGAUUAUGCUGGUCGGCCACGGUUGAGUUUUGUGGUUGAUACAUCAUCAGAGUUGUGCCAACUUUUGGAUGCAAUUGAUAAUCUCGCUCAUAAGUUGAACGAGGAUUCAGGUAGCAUGUCAGAAUGGAGGCCUUUAGUAAACAGAAAACCUGGCUUUAUGAACUGCCCUACCGUUCGUUUUAAUUUACCAACUGUUAUAGAUGGUAAUAUCUCCCGCUGGGUAACGGAGAUAUACCAGAAAGAGUCUUCUGCAACACAGAAGCUUAUGUUCAGUAGGUUUGAUGUGACAGAACUGGAUUCCUUGAUCACUCCAGGGACUCUGUUAGAUGCAUACUUCUUGGUGGAUUCAUACGACUAUCAACAGAUUGCAGGCAUCCGCCUAGUGGCUAAAAAAUUGAUUGUUCAUUCCUCCCUUGUAGAUAAAGUGACUUGUCCAUUAACAUAACAUAAUAGUUGUACAAUUUGCUUCUAUUGUCUAACCUACUUCUUUACUAAGAACAUGGGAGUAUCCUGUACAGUGUGACAAGAAUGCUAUUCAAAUUGUUUACUCUAAUGUAAUAAUUUGGGUGGUUCAUCCACUUAAUAUAAGUUGAAUGACUUUUAUACAC